CUACGCAGGCGCCGACUUCAUGCUCCGGACCUUGUCUCGCGCAGUGGUCCGCGCAGCCAUUCGCUGCGCGCGUAGCCCCCAGCCUCCCGAGUCUCGCGCCGCCGCCGCUAUGUCCCGACCGCCGCGGGCCUCCUCGGGUUCUCCGGCCCGGCCCGCCACCGUGCUGGGCACCAUUGAGAUGGGGCGCCGCAUGGACGCGCCCACCAGCGCCGCAGCCGUGCGAUCCUUCCUGGAACGCGGCCAUACUGAGCUGGACACGGCCUUCAUGUACAGCGACGGCCAGUCCGAGAGCAUCCUGGGUGGCCUGGGGCUCGGUCUCGGCGGCGGCGACUGCAGAGUGAAAAUCGCUACCAAGGCCAAUCCCUGGGAAGGGAGGUCCCUGAAGCCUGACAGUCUCCGGUCCCAGCUGGAGACAUCACUGAAGCGGCUGCAGUGCCCCCAGGUCGACCUCUUCUAUCUACAUGCACCUGACCAUGACACCCCUGUGGAAGAGACACUGCGGGCCUGCCACCAGCUGCACCAGGAGGGCAAGUUUGUGGAGCUUGGCCUCUCCAACUAUGCCGCCUGGGAGGUGGCUGAGAUCUGUACCCUGUGCAGGAGCAACGGCUGGAUCCUGCCCACCGUGUACCAGGGCAUGUACAACGCCACCACCCGGCAGGUGGAAACGGAGCUCUUCCCCUGCCUCAGGCAUUUUGGACUGAGGUUCUACGCCUACAACCCUUUGGCUGGGGGCCUGCUGACCGGCAAGUACAAGUACGAGGACAAGGACAGGAAACAGCCUGUGGGCCGCUUCUUUGGGAACAGCUGGGCUGAGGUCUACAGGAAUCGGUUCUGGAAGGAGCACCACUUCGAGGCCAUCGGCCUGGUGGAGAAGGCCCUGGGGGCUGCAUAUGGGCCCAGCGCCCCCAGCAUGACGUCGGCCGCCCUCCGGUGGAUGUACCACCACUCCCAGCUGCAGGGAGCCCCAGGGGACGCGGUCAUCCUGGGCAUGUCCAGCCUGGAGCAGCUGGAGCAGAACUUGGCGGCCACUGAGGAGGGGUCCCUGGAGCCAGCCGUCGUGCAGGCCUUUGAUCAAGCCUGGCACCUGGUUGCCCACGAAUGUCCCAACUACUUCCGCUAGGCCUCGCCCUGACUUGGGGUGGCAGGCGGCACACACCUCUCUCUCACCUGGCCAGCUUUGACCUUUAACUGCGUUAUGUAUCCAGUUCUUCUCACAGUCCCUGUUCACAGAUCGUUUAUUUCCUCUGUUGUUAAUACUCCCAGUGGCCUCCGUCAUGUGACGGGGCUGCCGUCUACUCGGGCAUUUCCUGUCUGAAUAGAGCCCCUUGACCUGGCUGAAGCCCAGGCCCACAGCAAA